UCAGCAUCGAAAUCAACGGCAACAACCAAAGAUCUCUCGUCAAAGAAGCUGCAAGCAUACUUCACGAACGCAGGCCAAUCGCCAUUCCCGACCUUCAAGCACCCAACUAGAGACGAAGCCAAACUUGCGCAUCGAAUUCUGGCCUCGAUGCACGGUGAGCGCACUCGUCCAAAGGAAGUCAUCGCGAGCAAAGACCGCGCAGGAUGCGGCGACUCGCCAUCUGUUCUAGAUGCACUAGUGCGCACCAUUCUCUCGCAAAACACAAGUGAUAAGAACUCGACGCGAGCUAAGCAAAGCAUGGACGAAGUUUAUGGCGGCUCGGACCAAUGGGAUGCCAUUGUGGCAGGAGGAGAAUCGAAACUACAGAAGGCCAUCCAAAGCGGCGGUUUGAGCGUGGUGAAGUCUAAAGUCAUCAUCUCGAUCCUAAAGCAAGCGAAAGCCAAGUACGGCGAGUACACCCUAGAUCAUCUACACCGGGCCAGCAACGAAGACGCCAUGCGCGAGAUGUUAAACUUCCAAGGCGUGGGUCCCAAGACAGCGAGUUGCGUACUGUUGUUCUGUCUGCAGCGCGAGAGCUUCGCGGUUGAUACCCAUGUCCAUCGUAUUACGGGCUUGCUCGGUUGGCGCCCUAAGACCGCGAGUCGCGAUGAAACGCAUAGCCACCUGGAUGUCAUGAUCCCUGACGAAGACAAGUACGGGCUGCACAUCCUGCUCGUCAAACAUGGCAAAGUCUGUGACGAGUGUAAAGCUGGAGGCAAGAAUUCGGGGAAGUGCGAGUUGCGGAAGGCUUUCCGACAGGGCAAAAUCAAGGGAGAG